GCCCAGAGUUGCAAUUUGUGAACCAGCGGUGAUGAAAUCUAGCUCUGGACGAAUCAGAGGCGCCUGUCAACUUCCCAGGUGGGAUUGCUUGGAGUUAAUAGACUGAACUCAGAGCCCCGAACGAACACAGUGCAGUCAGGGCACGCAGAGAACACUCCGCAGAGGCUUUCCAAGAAUCCCUCGGCAUGGCAAGAAAAGGCUCUUUCGGGUCAUACCAGGUGAUAUCUUGGUUCACUUUUGCUAUUGGCGUCAACAUCUGCUUAGCAUUCACAGCAAGCAGGAUCAAGAGGGCAGAAUGGGACGAAGGACCUCCCACAGUGUUAUCUGACUCUCCGUGGACCAACACCUCUGGAUCCUGCAAGGGUAGAUGCUUUGAACUUCAAGAGGUUGGACCUCCUGACUGUCGGUGUGACAACUUAUGCAAGAGCUACAGCAGCUGCUGCCAGGACUUUGAUGAACUCUGUUUGAAAACAGCUCGUGGCUGGGAGUGCACCAAAGACAGAUGUGGAGAAGUACGAAACGAGGAGAAUGCCUGUCACUGCUCAGAAGACUGCCUGUCCAGGGGAGACUGCUGUACCAACUACCAAGUGGUCUGCAAAGGAGAGUCACACUGGGUAGAUGAUGACUGUGAAGAAAUAAAAGUUCCCGAAUGCCCUGCAGGGUUUGUCCGCCCUCCGCUCAUCAUCUUCUCUGUGGAUGGGUUCCGUGCAUCGUACAUGAAGAAAGGCAGCAAAGUCAUGCCCAACAUUGAGAAACUGCGCUCCUGUGGCACACAUGCUCCCUACAUGAGGCCUGUGUACCCCACAAAAACCUUCCCUAACCUGUACACUUUGGCCACUGGUUUAUAUCCAGAAUCCCAUGGAAUUGUUGGCAACUCAAUGUAUGAUCCUGUAUUUGAUGCUACUUUCCAUCUUCGGGGGCGAGAGAAGUUUAAUCAUCGAUGGUGGGGAGGUCAACCUCUAUGGAUUACAGCCACCAAGCAAGGGGUGAGAGCUGGAACAUUCUUCUGGUCUGUGACCAUCCCUCAUGAGCGGAGAAUCCUAACCAUCCUCCAGUGGCUUUCACUACCAGACAACGAGAGGCCUUCAGUUUAUGCUUUCUAUUCUGAGCAGCCCGAUUUCUCUGGACACAAAUAUGGCCCUUUUGGCCCUGAGGAGAGUAGUUAUGGCUCACCUCUUACUCCGGCUAAAAGACCUAAGAGGAAAGUUGCCCCUAAGAGGAGACAGGAAAGACCAAUUGCUCCUCCAAAGAAAAGAAGAAGAAAAUUACAUAGGAUGGAUCAUUAUGCAGCGGAAACUCGUCAGGACAAAAUGACAAAUCCUCUGAGGGAGAUUGACAAAACUGUGGGGCAAUUAAUGGACGGAUUGAAGCAACUCAAGCUGCACCGGUGUGUGAAUGUUAUCUUUGUUGGAGACCAUGGAAUGGAAGACGUGACAUGUGACAGAACUGAAUUCUUGAGCAACUAUCUGACUAACGUGGAUGACAUCACUUUAGUGCCUGGAACUUUAGGAAGAAUUCGAUCCAAAUUUAGCAAUAAUCCUAAAUAUGACCCUAAAGCCAUUAUUGCUAAUCUCACGUGUAAAAAACCAGAUCAGCACUUUAAGCCUUACAUGAAACAGCACCUUCCCAAACGUUUGCACUAUGCCAACAACAGGAGAAUUGAGGAUAUCCAUUUACUGGUGGAUCGCAGAUGGCACGUUGCAAGGAAACCGUUGGACGUUUAUAAGAAGCCAUCGGGAAAAUGUUUCUUCCAGGGUGACCACGGCUUUGAUAACAAGGUCAACAGUAUGCAGACUGUUUUUGUAGGUUACGGCCCAACUUUUAAGUACAGGACUAAAGUGCCUCCAUUUGAAAACAUCGAGCUUUACAAUGUUAUGUGUGAUCUCCUAGGAUUGAAGCCAGCUCCUAACAAUGGGACGCACGGAAGUUUGAAUCACCUACUGCGGACCAAUACCUUUAGGCCAACAGUACCAGAGGAAGUCACCAGACCUAAUUACCCAGGGAUUAUGUACCUCCAGUCUGAUUUUGACCUGGGCUGCACCUGUGAUGAUAAGGUAGAGCCAAAGAACAAAUUGGAAGAGCUCAAUAAACGUCUGCACACCAAAGGGUCCACAGAAGAGAGACAUCUCCUGUAUGGACGACCUGCGGUGCUUUAUCGGACUAGAUACGAUAUCUUAUACCACACGGAUUUUGAAAGUGGUUAUAGUGAAAUAUUCUUUAUGCCUCUCUGGACAUCAUAUACCAUUUCUAAGCAGGCUGAGGUCUCCAGCAUCCCGGAGCAUCUGACCAACUGUGUUCGCCCUGAUGUUCGUGUGUCUCCAGGAUUCAGUCAGAACUGUUUGGCCUAUAAAAAUGAUAAACAGAUGUCCUAUGGAUUCCUUUUUCCUCCUUAUCUGAGCUCUUCCCCAGAAGCUAAAUAUGAUGCAUUCCUUGUAACCAACAUGGUCCCAAUGUAUCCCGCUUUCAAACGUAUCUGGACUUAUUUCCAAAGAGUUUUGGUGAAGAAAUAUGCUUCAGAAAGGAAUGGGGUCAAUGUAAUAAGCGGACCCAUUUUUGACUAUAAUUACGAUGGCUUACGUGACACCGAGGAUGAAAUCAAACAGUAUGUGGAAGGCAGCUCUAUUCCUGUCCCAACUCACUACUAUAGCAUCAUCACCAGCUGCCUGGACUUCACUCAGCCUGCAGAUAAGUGUGACGGUCCCCUCUCUGUGUCCUCGUUCAUCCUUCCUCACCGACCAGACAAUGAUGAGAGCUGCAAUAGUUCAGAGGAUGAGUCAAAGUGGGUAGAGGAACUCAUGAAGAUGCACACAGCUCGGGUCCGGGACAUUGAGCAUCUCACCGGUUUGGACUUCUACCGGAAGACUAGCCGUAGCUAUUCAGAAAUUCUGACCCUCAAGACAUACCUGCAUACAUAUGAGAGCGAGAUUUAACUUUCUGGACAUGUGCAGUGUAGUCUCAGCAACUGGUGUAUAUUUUUAUAUUGUGUUUGUAUUUAUUAAUUUGAAGCAGGACAUAAAAAAACACUUAGUAUUUUAAUCCUAUACCAAAUCUGACAUAUUAAGCCUGAAUGACUCUGCUAUUUUUCCUCUAAUGCUUGAUUUAGACAGAGUUGUGUUCUGGGAAGAGCUUGCAGAGAACACUGCAGCUCAUGAUCCAGGUAGAAGCUUCCACUUGGUGCUGCAGAUUGAAUAUUUGCAUUGAGGAAAUAUUAAUUUUCCAGUGCACAGUCACCCCACGUGCAGUCCUGUUCUGUAUUGAAAUACUGAUUUUGUGAAGUUGCAUUCAUCUGCUGUUAACUCCGACAAACGUAUUUAAGCCUUAUAGACCAAUCUUAAAUAUAAUAAAUCACACAUUCAGAUUU